AUGGUGGAGCACGGCGACGCGGCGCGGUGGUGGAGCGCGGGGACUGCUGCUGGCGAAGAGACUACUGAGCGCGCCUUCCGACCUUCGGCGCAUGGACUGCUGCUGGCGAAGAGGAAGACAGACGAGGCGUGGUGGUGGAGCGCGGCGCCGUGGCGUGCUGGAUGCUGGCGCUGGAUUUUGCCUCGGCGGGAUGGAGAGGAACAGUCGAACAGAGGAACGUCUAGACGAGGUGGAGGGCGGCAUUUGAUUUAG